CAAAAGGUAAGCAAUUUAAAAAACAGGCAUUGUUCUUCUAGUCGCUCGAAAUUGCGAAUUUCUAUCUUCUUCUUGCGAGGCAACGAUCUCUCCAUUUCAGUUGAAGAAAUCGACUCUGGAGUGUGGAUUAUAGAUAGAAUAAGAACGCGAAUAUUCUUCAAUCGUUGAUGCUAUUCAUCGCUGUUUUCAAAUGCAUCAGAGGAUUAUCAUCCCCACCAUCGAACCUUUCGAAAACAGUCAAUUACACAUCUCCUGCCUGGGCUGAAAACAACCAGUUGUACCAAAGGCACAGAAGAUUGUACCUCUUCGAGCAACAAUGGAGCAAAGCCUUUCAUCAGCUCAAACUUCUCGUUUCUUAUUUGAUUGUCUCUGGUCUGAACUCAAAUCCCUUCGUCAUGAGCCGUGUUCUUUAUUUGGGUUUGGUUGAAUCGGAAGGAGUCGAUAUGGUUGAAAAAUCAGAGUUCGGAGUUAAGAUAUUCAAUCGGAUCGAAAAUCCUAACCUCUUUUCGUGGAACACAAUGAUCAGAUUCUUCGCGUCCUUCGAUCCAGUGGUUGCCUCAAAUUACUACAGAAGAUUGCUCUUCGAAGAAAUGGUUCCUGAUGAAUAUACAUUUCCGUUCUUGCUCCAAGCUUCCGGGGCUACAUUUGAUGUCGAAUUCGCGAAACAGGUUCAUUGCCAGACAGUGAAACUGUUGCUUGAUCACAAUCUGUUUGUGCAGAAUUCUCUUCUUAAUUCAUACAUGGUUUGUGGCUCCACGCCGGAUGCCCGCCAACUGUUCGAUGAAAUGCCCGAGAAAGACGUGGUCUCAUGGACGAGUUUAAUUUCCGGGCUAGUCUCGCAAUCUCAUUACAUCGAAGCGAUUCAUGUCUUCAAGAACUUGGUAUGUAAUGAUUCUCGACCUGAGCCUAACAAUGUUACUAUCAUUUCUACAAUGUCGGCUUGCGGUCAUCUCGGGUAUACAGACCUAACCCGAUGCUUCCACGCUAUGCUCGAGAAGGGCGGGUGGCUCAAUCGGGACAUGAUGUUUGUGAAUUCGGUGAUUGAUGCCUACUGUAAAUGCGGCGAUCUCUCUUACAUUCGAAAUUUUUUAACUGAUAGCGGUAAAUGGGACUUGUAUUCUUUGACAGCGGUAAUUUCAGGGCUCGGCGUGCACGGUCGAGGGCAAGAUGCUUUGUAUGUCUUCUUGUGGAUGGAGAAAGAGUCGGGGAUCGAACCCGAUGACGUAACUUUCGUUGCUGUUCUUUCAGCCUGUGCCCAUUCAGGACUAGUCGAAGAAGGCUUAAUCAUUUUUGAGUCGAUGAGCGGGAAACACGGCAUCAAGCCAGAUCUUCGGCACUAUGGGUGCAUUGUCGACCUCUUGAGCAGAUCCGGGAUGCUGGAACGAGCUUACGAUAUAGUUCAGAAAAUGCCGGUGGAGCCUAAUCUCGCCGUGUUGGGAUCUUUACUCAACGGGUGUCGGCUUCAUGGCGAGUUGGAACUCGGCGAAGCUGUUUUGAGGAAGAUCGAAUUGCUCGACGAGAGAGGGGGAGCUUCGGUGCUUUUGUCGAAUAUGUAUGCGGAUAAGUACCAAUGGGGUAGAGUGAUGGAAGUUCGUCGGGAAUCGAGGAUACGAACGCCCGCGAAAUUCCCCGGCAGAAGCUGGAUUCGGAGUAAGGGCAAAUUGCGCGAGUUUGUGGCUCGCAACGAUGUCGAUCCGCAAGGUAUGGAGUUGGUUCUUGUUCUUGAAGGGUUGGAAAAGCAUUCGAAGUUGUAGUAGUAGAAAAGAACAUGAAAGAAUACUGAAUUUCGGACUCCCUAAACGUCGAUGAUAAUCGCAAGUUUACGAUA